AUGGACGGAGAUCUUAGUCUGUCUCAGUCCUUGGGGGGUCUUCGGAUUGCAAAUCCGGAUGACUCUUCGCUGCACUCGUCCGAUGACGCGGCAACGUUCCCUCCCGUGCCCGCGGAGGAAUCGACGCCUUCACAACCACUGACUGUCCAAGACCCCGCUCCUCCCCAACUGCCACCGCUCACACUGUCGUCAAAUGAUGAGGAUCGAAGUGCUGUGUUGUCCUCAGAUCCUGUGGACUCGCACGCUGGCGAUAGCGGCAGCAGCAGCAACAACAACAGUCGGAACCCAGUGUCCUACGCCGCCUAUCCAGACACGCAAAACACCGCACCGUAUGCCACCUAUAACACCACACAGAACACCGGUCGCCCGCUGUCCGUUAUAUUUUCCAACGGUUCUUCCUCUACUCUUGCCGCCCGUGAAGGUUCGUAUCGGAUCCGUACAGACUCGGCUGCCUCGUCCGCGUCGGAAAGCUUGGCACGUGCUGAGUCUCGAGGCGGCUCAGCUGCCUUCCAGGCGGGCGUUCCGGUCAGGGAUAAUAGUCACAGCGAUCGAUCCUACCGAGGGACGCACUUCCCUGCAGGUAACGGACCCAUGGUGAUGCGGCAGCCCUCGCGGGCCCACGCUCGCCCCGGAGGUGCGUCGCAGUUGCAGGGCUCCCCAUAUACGAUGGAGAACGGCCCACCGGCUAGCAGUGAGGAAUGGCAGGAUCGUGGUGCUGCCGUGGCCGUCAAGCAGGAGCUUGAUGCAAACGGGAAGCCUGUCUCUCGCUUCAUCAAAAAGGGUGUGCGGGACUUUUCCUUUGGUCAAACGCUUGGAGAAGGCUCCUACAGCACCGUGGUCUUCGCCACGGACCGUCAGACACUCAAAGAAUACGCCAUCAAAAUUCUCGACAAGCGACACAUCAUCAAGGAGAAGAAGGUUAAAUACGUCAACAUCGAGAAGGAUACCCUCAAUCGACUGACGGAACACCCGGGCGUCGUACGGCUGUAUUAUACCUUUCAAGAUGAGCGGUCGCUCUACUUUGUUCUAGAUCUAUGCAAAGGAGGAGAGCUCCUCGGCGUGCUGAAACGGAUGACCACGUUCGAUGAGGAGUGUGCCCAGUUCUACGGUGCCCAGAUCCUCGACGCAAUCGACUACAUGCAUAAAUGUGGCGUCAUCCAUCGCGACUUGAAACCGGAAAACGUCCUCUUGGACAGCCAGAUGUACAUUAAAAUCACCGAUUUUGGUACGGCCAAGAUUCUCAAAAGCGCUCCCCGACCGGACGAAAACAAGAAUGGCAUGCCCGCACUCGAUGCCGCCGGCUUUCCGGAGGAAGAACGAGCAAGCUCCUUUGUGGGGACGGCAGAGUACGUUAGCCCGGAGCUGCUCACGGACAAGAAUGCCUGCAAGGCCAGCGACCUGUGGGCCUUUGGGUGUAUCAUCUACCAACUCCUCGCCGGUCGCCCUCCAUUCAAAGCGGGGAAUGAGUACCAAACGUUUCAAAAGAUCGUCGCUCUCGACUAUGAAUUUCCCAUCGGCUUUCCCCUGGUCGCUCGUGACCUGGUGGAAAGACUACUAGUCCUGGACCCGGCACGACGGCUCCCCAUCGAGCAUAUCAAGAACCACGAGUUCUUCAGCGGCAUAACCUGGGGGCCUGACCUAUGGAAACGAAAGGCGCCCCGUUUAAAGGCCUAUGUCCCCCCUCCCCGCGAGCCAAUUAAACUGAACGGCAACAAUGGCGACAGCUUCCCUCCUAGCAUCUCUACGGCCCCCUCGAAUGCACCCAAGGCCGCCGCCUCACGACAGCUACCGCGAGUCGUCACCGAGCUUCCACCUCCCAGUCAGCUGGAUAUUGAAUGGUCGCCGGUGCUCACUAAAUCCAAUGAACGCAUUCUGAAGCUCGGCAAUCUCAUGGUGACCUCGUCCCCGGCCGCGCAUAGCCCUGCCUCGAGGAAUAGCAACGGGGAGUACGAGACCCCCAAGAAGUUUUCGCGGUUUUUCGGCGGCAGUGCUAGCAAGAAGCGCCAGCGCUUGGUGAUGGUCACUUCAUCUGCGCGGAUUAUCAUCGCUGCAGCUGGGGGGGAGGAGAAGAAGGCGAAGCUGGAGGUCUCUCUUCUGGCGCCUGGUGUGCAAUACCGCAGUGUUACAGACUCCAAGGGGUUUUCGUCGUGGAUCGUGGAUACGCGCGAGAAACAUUUUGUCUUCGAAGACGCCAAACCAUCGUCCAGCAACAUUGGAGCCACCGCCCUGUCCACGCAAGAAUGGCUGGACACACUAGACCGGUCCCGCGAGAUUGGUCUGUCGCAGCAGGCUGGUGGAUCGUAUUCCGCAGACGAAGCGUUUCGCGACCUCUCCUCCGGUCUCUCCAGCCAAACCACGACGCUUGACCGCAGCUCCGACAUGCAGACGGAGAACACAUCAGUCGGGCGGGCAACGCUCGUCAAGAACCAAGGGGGGGAUUCGGAGUCAAUGAAGGGGAAGAAACGAUUCAGCAGACGCCAUUCCAAGAACGGCCUUGCUGCAGUGUUCUAG